UGUUGUUUACUACAAUCGUAAAUUGAUUUAUAAUAGUGAAAUUGGUGUUCCUCUUAAUUAAUAUAAAUAUUUAUAAAACAAAAAAAAUUGCAAGUGUCAUAAAUAUUACGAGGAGCGAGAUGGAAUCGAGUUCAAGAUGGGACGAGUGUCUCGCAAAUGCAACGCAACAAGUGCGACAGUGUAGCCGUACAACUGCAAACUGGCUACGGUACCAAUACAAUCGUGGUCGGCAACAAUUUCAUCGCAGAGCAAAACAAACCCGAUCGUUUCGUGGUAACUCAAACGUUAGUGCCACAAGUAUCUUGAGCAACUCGACGGCAAUCACCACAGACACAACGUCAACUCUGAGAAUAAACGAUGAUGAUGCCACCACAUCCGGGGUGACAUUGGACGAGCAAGAUAAACGAAUAAUUAUUCUAAAUCAGCCACAGCCACAAAAGUAUUGUAACAAUCAUAUAUCAACCGCUAAAUAUAGUGCAAUAACUUUUAUACCGUCAUUUCUUUUCGAGCAAUUUAGACGUUACUCAAAUUGUUUUUUUCUAUUGAUCGCACUUUUACAACAAAUUCCCGAUGUCUCACCCACAGGUCGUUAUACAACUUUAGUACCUUUACUCUUUAUUUUGUCUGUGAGUGCAAUUAAGGAAAUUGUAGAAGAUAUCAAAAGACAUCGAGCCGAUGAUGAAAUCAAUCAUCGCGAAGUGGAACGACUGCAAGAUUGUCAGUGGCGUUGGGUGAAGUGGAAAGAAUUGGUCGUGGGUGACAUUGUAAAAGUUCAAAAUAACACCUUUUUCCCGGCAGACUUGAUUGUGUUGUCGUCAAGUGAACCACAAGGCAUAUCCUUUAUUGAAACCGCAAACUUGGACGGUGAAACGAACUUGAAAAUUCGUCAAGGGGUACCGGCAACAGCGAAAAUUCUCGAUACAAAAGAUUUGGCGCAAUUUUUCGGCACUCUGGAGUGCGAACCACCAAAUCGGCAUCUGUACGAGUUCAAUGGGGUAUUGAAGGAGGAUGGCAAACAGGCGGUGGCCUUGGGUCCAGAUCAGCUACUGCAACGUGGUGCCAUGCUACGAAACACCUCCUGGAUUUUUGGUGUCAUUGUCUACACCGGACACGACACAAAACUUAUGAGAAAUUCUACCUCGGCGCCAUUAAAGCGUUCCACUGUCGACAGACUGACAAACACACAAAUACUAAUGCUGUUUUUUAUUCUAAUCAUGCUCUGCCUUGUUAGUGCCAUAUUCAACGAAAUAUGGACUAGGGAACAUUUCAAAAGUGAUUGGUACUUAGGAAUUAAUAACGUUUUAAGCAAAAACUUUGGAUACAAUUUACUUACCUUCGUAAUUCUAUACAACAAUCUGAUACCCAUCUCAUUGCAAGUCACUCUGGAAAUGGUUCGCUUCUUGCAAGCAAUUUUCAUCAACAUGGAUAAGGAAAUGUAUCACGAAGAGUCAAAUACUCCAGCAAUGGCACGCACAUCGAAUUUGAACGAAGAACUUGGCAUGGUGAAGUACAUUUUUUCAGAUAAAACGGGAACGUUAACGAGGAACGUGAUGGAGUUCAAAAAGAUGUCAGUAGCGAAGAAUAUUUAUGGAGUUGAAGAUUCGCCUGAACAAUCGGCUUUAGUGCAGAAAAUCCUCAACAAAAACUCGUCUGCCGCAUUAGUUCAAGAAUUCCUCACGUUACUCGCUGUCUGUCACACGGUGAUUCCGGAAAAAAUGGAAGACGGAACGAUAGUCUAUCAUGCCGCAAGUCCCGAUGAACGAGCUCUCGUCUACGGUGCCCAGAAAUUCGGUUACAUUUUUGAAACACGAACGCCCCACCAUGUCGAAGUCGAUGCGCUUGGUGUCACGGAAAAGUACGAGAUCCUCAAUGUGCUCGAAUUCACGUCGACGCGCAAACGAAUGUCCGUCAUCACGCGAAAUUCCAAAGGAGAAAUCAAAUUGUAUUGCAAAGGUGCCGAUACGGUGAUUUUUGAACGUCUUGCAUCCAAUGGACAAUCAUUCAAGGAGUUGACCCUGAGGCAUUUGGAGGAAUUUGCGACCGAAGGUUUGCGUACGUUGUGUUGUGCCGUCUCAAUUAUUCCGCCGGACGUGUACGAAGAUUGGAAGCACACGUAUCACAAGGCAUCGACCUCUUUGGUGGGACGCGAACGCAAAGUUGAGGACGCUGCCGACUUGAUUGAGACGAAUUUGACGUUGCUGGGUGCGACAGCGAUCGAGGAUAAGCUGCAAGAAGGCGUGCCAGAGACAAUCGCCUCACUUAUCAAGGCAAACAUCAGUAUUUGGGUCUUGACGGGUGACAAACAAGAAACGGCAAUCAAUAUCGGGUAUUCUUGCAAGUUACUAUCACACGGAAUGGAACUCAUUAUUCUGAAUGAAGAGAGUCUAGAUAACACUCGCGACGCAAUCAGUCGCCAUACUGCCCACUUUGGCGAUCAAAUCCGAUCGGAGCAGGAUUACGCUUUAAUUGUUGACGGAAAAACUCUAAAAUACGCUUUAAGUUGUGAUUUACGAAGGGAAUUUUUGGACAUUUGUAUCACGUGUAAAGUUGUCAUUUGUUGUCGAGUAUCACCGAUGCAAAAGGCCGAAGUGGUAGACUUGGUAACGACGCACACAAAAGCAGUUACGCUUGCCAUUGGAGAUGGUGCUAACGACGUAGCGAUGAUCCAAAAAGCACAUGUUGGUGUCGGAAUUUCCGGAGUCGAGGGACUUCAAGCAGCAUGUGCUUCAGAUUACAGCAUUGCACAAUUUAAGUAUCUCAAACGACUACUUCUUGUGCAUGGUGCUUGGAACUACAGCCGAAUGUGUAAAUUGAUAUUAUACAGUUUUUACAAAAAUAUUUGCCUUUAUGUGAUCGAACUAUGGUUUGCAAUUUACUCGGGAUGGUCUGGUCAAAUUUUGUUCGAACGAUGGACCAUCGGGUUGUAUAAUGUAUUUUUCACUGCGUUACCACCGUUUGCAAUGGGUCUCUUUGAUAAAGUGUGUUCAGCGGAGACCAUGUUAAAAUAUCCGGCACUUUAUAAACCAUCGCAGAGCGCUAAAUUAUUCAAUGUCAAGGUAUUUUGGGUGUGGAUUUUCAACGCUUUAAUUCAUUCCUUGUUUCUCUUCUGGUUGCCCAUGUACGCGUACAAAGGUGACGUUCUAUGGGGAAAUGGGCAAGACGGAGGAUAUUUAGUUUUAGGAAAUAUAGUCUACACGUAUGUCGUCGUAACAGUUUGUUUAAAGGCGGGUCUCAUCACUAACUCGUGGACGUGGCUGACCCAUUAUUCGAUAUGGGGUUCAAUUGGAUUGUGGUUCAUUUUUAUUAUUAUUUACAGUAACGUCUGGCCAGUACUUCCUGUCGGUGCAAUUUUCACAGGAAUGGACACGAUGGUUUUCACUUCGCCUGUCUUCUGGAUGGGCCUGUUCCUAAUACCAAUCGCAUCAAUGUUACCUGAUGUCACUAUUAGAACAAUACAAAACACUGCAUUUAAAUCUCUGACUGAAGAGGUGCGUGAAAGUGAAAUACGAAACGCAGAUCCAUCUCACGUAAUUAAGGAGUCCCGAUCUUCAUUGACUGAAACUGCACGUCUUCUACGUAAUGUAAGGAAAGUUUUUCGAGGUAGACAUUCUCACUCAUCCGAAAAUAAAGAGCUUGAGCUGCAGCACGGAUUUGCGUUUUCCCAGGAGGAAGGCGGAGCUGUUACGCAGAGUCAAGUCAUCAGGGCAUACGACACCAACCUACCAAAGCCACACGGAAAUUGAUGGAAUUUAUUUUAUUGUUGCCAUAACAAUAAUAAUAAUGAGUACAGCGGAUACGAACUCGUCACUCUACAAAUCACUACUAUUUGUUAAGAAAAAAAAUGCGUUUGUUUUUUAUAUUUAUUUAAAAACUAUUUUUAAGUUAAAAAUUAAUUUAUUUAAAACAAAGAAAAAUUCUAAGGUUACUUAAGAUGUGUCAAAAAACAAAGUUAAACGGAAAAAAAUCAAUGGUUGCACUUAUAACAAAAAAGAAAAUGAAUGUACCUUUUUGAUGUUAACUUAUGUACUACUACUUCAUCUAAACUAUCAAACAAAAAAAUAUUUAAGCUUAAACACAGGUGUAAAGCCGCAACAUAAAUGUUAACAAUAAUUUAUUUUUCAGUGUGCGUGUAUACAAGAAAAAUGUGGAAAUCAAUGGAUGCGAGCUUAAAAUUUUAAAAAUUGCCUUCUAGUCUACUUUUUAAGCUCGCAUCCAACAAAAACCUACUAUAUAUGUGUAUAUUGAAUGUUCUGAGAAUGAGAAAAAAAAUCACAAAGGAAUUUCAAUGAAUCAUAUAAACAGAAUAUAAUGCUAAGUGACCCCUUUUACCACCUACUCGUCUUAUUAAUAAAAAACA